AUGUCUUCUGCGUCCAGCAGUUCUUCUAAACCACCACAUAACCGACGAAGUCCCAAGGACGAGUCCAGCGACAGUGAAAACGACGACAGCAGCGAUGAGGACUCCAAACCCGCUUCCGGCGCAGAAGAGGAGGAUGAAGACGCCCCCGUGCUCUCCCACAAGGAGCAGCGCAGACAGAAAAAGAAAGAGCUCAAGGCUCUCCAGGCCGCCUCCGCCGCCACCCUCUCCGCGAAACAGAAGGGCAAGCAGCCCGUGAAGAACUCCGCGGAGCUCGCGCCGUCGAAGGUGCCCAAGCGGCAGAACUCCAUCUGGGUCGGCAACCUCGCGUUCAAGACGACGGCGGACGCGCUCAGGCGAUGGCGAGCGGGGGCCGGCGGGGGGUGGGGCGAGGAAGGAGAAUCGGGGGUUUGCGUACGUCGAUUUCGCGACCCGGACGCGAAGACCAUCGCUAUCACGCUCUCGGAGAACCCGCUAGACGGGCGACGGUUGUUAAUCAAGGAUGACCAGCCGCCACCACAGACUCCGGCGACGCAAGCACUGCGCCCACAAACCACAGCAACCUCUCCGGACACACCAAAACCGCACAAAGAUCCUGCGCGCCCAGAAGCAGCCCGCAGGGCCCACGCUAUUCCUGGGCAACCUGGCUUCGAGACGACGGGCAGUCCAUCCGCCGCUCUUCGACUCGCAUCGGCCGAAGCCCCUCCGCCACCACCACAAAUGCGGCGACGCGGAUGCAGAAGUAAACGCGACGUGGACACGGGCGAGAAGCCGUGGAUCCGCAAGGUCCGCCUGGGCACGUUCGAGGACAGCGGGAAGUGCAAGGGUGCGUGGGCGUUCGUCGACUUCACGAGCACGGAGCACGCGACGAGUGGGCUGGUCAACCAGAAGAACCACUUCCUGGACGGCCGGACGCUCGUCGUCGAGUACGCGUCGCCGGACGCCGUCCGGCGCGGCGGGAACAUCCCGCGCUCCAAGGAUCCCAACGACAAAAAUGGUUAUGCGAAAGCGAGGGAGCGCCAGGGAAAGAUGGGCCGCACACAUCAGAGAGACGACGCCUCGAGUCCGCAGCGGAAACGCAAAACCGGGGGAGAAGAAGACGCAGGCGCGGACGCCGAUGCCGAGCCAGAUGCUGACGGAGAAAAUGCAUCGCCUAAGCGGCGGCGGGUGGAAGAUGGGACACGGACGUCGGAGAGAGGCACCGCAGGGAAGGGCGGGAAGCCUCCUCGGGCGAGGCCAAAGCCUGGGGCGGCCCUCGCCCUGGCGAAACGAGAGACGGCGGCGAUCGUACCUGCCCAAGGUCGGAAGAUCGUUUUCUGA